AUGUUCGUUCUCCUAUUCCUAUUUUCAUGUAUCGCCACGUCUACAGUACUCUACAGUACUCCUGAAGCCCAAAAAAUCCGUGAAAAACGUGUUUUUCACAUUCCACUUGGUCUGAUUGUCCGUGGAGCGCGGUUGCUCUCGAGAGCCCCAGCAACAAGGUCCAAAUGUCGUGGUAUGUACCUUUAAAUUUGAAAAAAAAUUAUAUAUGUUCCUUUAAAUCUACAGUAACCCGUCUCGUUGAUUAUGUUGGAAAUGUGCCAAGAUUUUGGUGUGAUUGUCCGCCAAUUGCGCCGAAUUAUCAAUAUUAUCAGUGUUUUUAUGGAAGUGGAUGA